AUGGCUCAACAAGGCCAGGCAUCUCAAACUGGAGGCUCGAGGAAGAUUUCGUUCAAUGUCUCGGACCAGUAUGAUAUUCAGGAUGUUAUCGGUGAGGGCGCGUACGGAGUUGUUUGUUCUGCUUUGCACAAACCCUCAGGUCAGAAGGUUGCCAUCAAGAAAAUCACCCCAUUCGAUCACUCCAUGUUUUGUUUGCGCACGUUACGAGAAAUGAAGCUGCUACGAUAUUUCAAUCACGAAAACAUAAUCUCCAUUCUCGACAUUCAAAAGCCACGAAACUACGAAACUUUCACCGAAGUCUACCUCAUCCAAGAAUUGAUGGAAACCGAUAUGCACCGUGUUAUCAGAACGCAGGAUCUCUCCGACGACCAUUGCCAAUACUUCAUUUACCAGACUCUCCGAGCUCUGAAGGCUAUGCAUUCAGCAAAUGUUCUGCACCGAGAUUUGAAACCUUCCAAUCUGCUUCUGAAUGCCAACUGCGACCUCAAAGUCUGCGAUUUUGGUCUCGCUCGGUCAGCUGCUUCCACCGAUGAUAAUUCAGGUUUCAUGACCGAAUAUGUCGCCACAAGAUGGUAUCGGGCCCCAGAGAUCAUGUUGACCUUCAAAGAAUACACCAAAGCCAUCGACGUCUGGAGCGUGGGGUGCAUUCUCGCAGAAAUGUUGAGCGGCAAGCCUCUAUUCCCUGGCAAAGACUAUCACCAUCAACUUACGCUGAUUCUCGACGUUCUUGGAACACCUACUAUGGAAGAUUACUACGGUAUCAAAUCCCGUCGUGCCCGCGAGUAUAUUCGCUCUCUUCCUUUCAAGAAGAAGAUCCCCUUGAAAGCACUUUUCCCGAAGACCUCCGAUCUUGCACUGGAUCUUCUCGAGAAACUUCUUGCAUUCAACCCAGUCAAACGUAUCACUGUGGAAGAGGCCUUGAAACACCCUUACCUUGAACCGUAUCAUGACCCGGACGAUGAGCCAACGGCUGACCCUAUUCCCGAGGAGUUUUUUGACUUCGAUCGAAACAAAGAUCAACUGAGCAAAGAAGAAUUGAAGGCACUGAUUUGGAAUGAGAUCAUGAGAUGA